AUGGCACUAGUAGGCAUUCAUCCACAGACAGCACAACUGGCAAUUCAGUUGCAGCUUGCCGACGUCGAGUCGGCCCUGCAAGAGUCGGAUGCGGGGGAUCAAUGGACGGCUUGGAAGACACUGCAGGAUGAACUGGAAUGCGCUUUAUCACUCCUACAAGAUCAGGUCUUCGCUAUGGACCUCCUCAGACAAGAUCAAGACAAUCGAGCUGUGUUUUCUGAAUUUCUUCGAGAAGAGAGGCAGGCGGAAGCGGACCACGAUCUCGCUUGUAGAUUGAGCGGUAUCGCUGAUGAACACCUUACGCGAUCACUUUCAUCGAAAAGAGACGACAUGACACAACCACUAAGGACCAACGAUGAUGAUCAGGAUCUAAAUCCGACGCAGAAUGUGGACCUGCUGGCGGAGACUUGGGCAGUAAUCAAUGCCUACGAGCCCACUGAACACGAUACCAAACUAGCUGCAGCGUCGGAACAUGAUCUCUACGGCAAAGCUGGUCCUUCUAAAAUCAAGGCAAAAGGCAAAGGAAGGGCGAAAAACUCGUCAAAUGACGAUGAGCAUACAACCCACAUCUUGUGUUCUGCUUGCAUGGAGCAGUGUCCGCGCUUUGAUGCACUCGAGCUUUGCUGCAAGCGCGCGACAGAAGACUCCACUCACGCUUACUGCAGGACGUGUUUGAGUGACCUAGUUCGCACUAGCCUCGCAGACACUACUCUUUUUCCGCCUCGAUGUUGCGGCAAAAGCUUGCCUAUAUCUCGUUGCAAGCAACUGUGUUCACCAUUACUGAUGGCACAAUACGAGGACAAAAAGAUGGAGCUAGCAACGCCCAAUCCAUUAUACUGCAGUAACCGACAUUGUGCCGAAUUUAUCAAGCCUGAUGAUGUCACUGCUGAUACUGCAGUAUGCCAAGCUUGCCAAAAGGAAACUUGCGCUCUUUGUCAGAAUCCAAGACACAAUGGGGUGUGCCCAAGAGAUCCAUCUAUACAGCGACUGAUAGAAGUGGCUAAUGAAGAGGCGUGGCAGCGAUGUCCCAACUGCAGAACAUUGGUUGAGCUAACCACAGGCUGUUACCACAUGCGAUGUCGAUGCGGCACGGAGUUUUGUUACCUAUGCGCAACGCUAUGGAAGACCUGCACCUGCCCUCAGUGGGAGGAAAGUCGCCUCCUCACCAACGGAAAAGCUGGGAAUGGUCCACGCAACCGAAUCGCGAUGCCUGAAGAGAGUGAAAUACCCGAGGUAGAUCCCAACAUUGAGAUCCUAGAAGACAUGCGCAUGCGACUGGUAACCGUAGCUGGAGGGUACGCUAUUGCUAACGACGAAGACUUAGACGAGGAUAAGUCCGGAUAUAUUGCAUAG